UUUACAGUGUUAAAAUCAAAUCACGACGAGCUCAUCAAUGGCGAACGAGAUGAUGCGGAAAAAGAUAAAAUCAUCAAACGCAUGAGCAGAGUUUUAGUUGCACUGCAUUGUUAUAUUUGUGCAUUCGACGAAGACUGCUUCCUGCCGGACAGGAAACGACAACCGCUUCGUAAAGCGUGCCUCGGGCGAUGCUUCUUAGUGCCAAUUAUUUUGUCAGAUCGGAAAUGUCAGUUAAGUGGCUUCGAUCUGAGCUUCUUUUAA